AUGUAUUCUAUUUCAAACAAAAAACCUUCCAUACUCAGUAUGGUUCCCCUGAAUAUUCUAAAAAAUCAGGAUUUGAAAGUAAAAAAAGAACAAGAGAAGAAAAUAUCAUUCAAUCCUGUAGUUACUCCUAUUAGGCCAGACGACUACCAUGAAAAAUCAUCCAGAUCUUCAAGUUCGAGCCAUUCUGAUUCACCUGAAUUUUUGAGAAUCAAUAACAAUAAAUCUUGUCACAAAAAUGGAAAGUUGAAGGUUUUUGAAAGUAAAAAACUGGUUCCGUUAUUUAUUGGCGAUCUUCAUGAAUCAGUUACUGAGGAAACUCUAAAAGGGAUCUUCAAAAAAUAUCCCUCUUUUGUCUCUGCCAAAGUUUGCCUUGAUUCGGUGACAAAGAAAUCAUUAGGUCAUGGUUAUUUAAAUUUUGAAGAUAAAGAAGAAGCUGAAAAAGCCAUGGAAGAAUUGAAUUACACUGAGGUCAAUGGUAAAGAAAUUAGGAUCAUGCCAUCACUGAGGAAUACAACGUUUAGGAAGAAUUUUGGCACCAAUGUGUUUUUCUCAAAUUUGCCCUUGAAUAAUCCAUUAUUAACAACAAGAGUGUUCUAUGAUACGUUUUCCAGAUACGGCAAAAUUCUAUCAUGUAAAUUAGACUCAAGGAAAGAUAUAGGAUUUGUAUAUUUUGAAGACGACAAAACUGCAAGAAAUGUGAUCAAAAUGUAUAAUAAUACCAGUUUUUUUGGUAAAAAAAUUCUAUGUGGAAUACAUUUUGAUAAAGAGGUUAGAAGUGUUCCAAAUUUUGAAACACAAAAAUCACGAUUAGAUGCGGAAACAAUUAUUGAAAAAGAGCAAUCUUUGAAUGAGAAACAUUCAAAGGGGAAUGAUAAGGAAUCUAAGAAUAUUCACUCCUCAUCUCAAAAUUCUGUCUUCAUUAAAAACCUGCCAACAAUAACUACAAGAGAUGAUAUUUUAAAUUUUUUCAGUGAAGUGGGCCCGAUCAAGUCAAUUUACCUAUCCAAUGCCACUAAAGUUAAAUAUCUUUGGGCAUUUGUUACAUAUAAAAAUAAUAAUGACUCAGAAAAGGCAAUCAAGCGCUACAACAAUUUUUAUUUCAGAGGCAAAAAGCUUUUAGUAACCAGGGCACAGGACAAGGAAGAAAGGGCCAAAUUUAUAGAAUCUCAAAAAAUAUCUACACUUUUUCUCGAAAAUUUAAGUGCUGUCUGCAAUAAGGAAUUCCUUAAAUACUUAUGUCACCAAGAGAAUAUUAGACCGUUCAAGAUUCAGAUAGAUGGGUACAACGAAAAUUCCUCCGCUUAUUCUGGAUUCAUCAAAUUCAGGAAUUUUGAAGACGCUACGAGAAUAUUUAACUUUUUGAAUAACCGUUUAGUGGGAGGAAGUAUCGUCAUGACAUCUUGGGAAAGACAGAAUAAUGCACCAAAAUACCAUGACGGUUAUGGAAUGCGUAAUACACACACCUCAUCUCACCCACAAAUUACCCCGUAUUACCACUACUCACAUACAAAUAGUUUGAACUCCCCACACAUAAGAGCUCCUUCGUCAAUGAAUAGCAGUACAAGGUCACUAAUAAAGAAUAAAAAUUUCAAUAAGAAAGUUUUGGAAACAUUCGAAAAGCAGGUAAGAAGAGGUAUAGAUUUCAUGAGAUUUCCAAGUGCUACCAGAGAUGAAAAUGUGCAUGGAAUUGCUGAAUAUAUAUUUGACACUUAUUGGAAUCGUGAUGUAUUAGUCUUGGAUAAAUUUUUAUCGUUGUUAAAUAGUAGUCCAUAUCACGAAGGUGUAUUGCAAAAACAAAUCGAAGAGGCCGCGAGCUCGUUAGGGUUUAAAAGAUGA